CUGAUGUUUUUGUUUAUUCGGUUACUUCUGUCUAAAUGGAAGAAUCAGUUUUACUGAAACUCUGCAGUAAAGCCAAAAUAGACAGAGAUAAGGGGUAUCAAGACCUUGAAGAAUAUAUAGGAAGAGCUGAUGAUGCCUCUGUACACUUAUUUCAGUCGCGUUUGGUUGACAUGCUACUACAAGGCAGCUCUGAAUGGGAGACCAGGCAUGGUGCUCUCAUGGGUUCCAAAGCAAUUAUUUUGGCACGGAUGACUCCACAAGAACUCAUCAGCAGUCUGCUAGAAAAGGCUUUUGAAUUGGCAGACGAUAGUGAAUUUCGAGUGCGAAUAGCUGCAGGUGAAGUAAUAGGCUCACUGUGUGGGAUGUAUGGUUCAGACAUCUACAGGGACUGUCGGGAGAAUGUUCUACAGAGCAUCUUUGUAAAUCUAGAGAGAGAUCCACUGACAGACAGCGCAAUGGGCGAGCAAGAAGAGACAGAUAAACUCAUUGAGAAGCUUUCCAGUUCACCAAGUGGUGAGCGGAGAUACAGUGCUGAUGCAGCCCAGAUCUUCCAUGACACAGCGGGCUGGAAGUCCCUGGAGACAUGGAUGAAGUGUCUGCAGUCCAUUAUUGAAGGUCUGGGCCACAAUUUCAACCCAUUUGUCGACCAGGCUCUCCUGGAUCUGAUAUUCCGUGCGCUAACUCACACCAACAGAUUUGUGCGCGAGACUGGUUACUACGUGUGUGCCAGCCUCGUUGCCUGUGGCUGUGUGAGAGAUGGUUCAGGCACUGCGUUAUUGGAUGAAGAAAAUGCAAUUUUGAAAUACGGUCACCAGUUUUCUGAACACCUGUGCAAAGGCCUGGCUGACAACUGGAGUCAGGUGCGCCUAGCCUCGUCAGUGGCAACGAGAACAUUUUUGCAGAGCUUGCCAUCGGAUGAGGCUAGACAUCAGUUCUUCCCCACCCUCCUGCCGAGAAUGUGUCUCAAUAGAUAUUACAUGGCGGAGGGCGUGAGGAUUUACUCUCAGGACACAUGGAAGCAGGUUACAGGAACACAGGGCAGACUCCUGGUUGAAAAAUACAUCUCCAAUGUGGUUGACUACUACAUUGAAGCCACCGAUGCUGACAACCAUGCUGUGAGGGAGGCAGCGUGUGCUUGCAUUGCUGAACUGGGUGCAAAGGUUAGUAAGGAGGUUGUACACAGCCUGAUACCCCGGAUGUUGCAGGCCCUCCUGAUCUGCUUCAAUGAUGAUAGCUGGCCUGUCAGAGAUGCUGCCUGUGUAGCAUGUGGCAAUUUUAUACUGUGCUUUCCUGAAGAGUCCAGAUCUUCGCUGCCUGAUCUGUACCCUCUGUUCUUCAAUAAUCUCCAAGACAACAUCCUGUCUGUGAGACAGGGGGCAGCUCUGGCACUGGCCAAUGUAGUCAAGGCGUAUGGUGAUGAAUGCUUUUCUGAGAUCAUUGCAAAAGUGAAGGAGGGACUAGCAGGUGUGGAGAGACAGCCUGAGAACACUGAGAAAUACAGCUCACUGGACAAAGGUCCAGCCACCUAUGGCGUUGUUAAGAAGCUUCGAGAUAAUGACAUGACCCUACACACGGACAAGCAGAUGUACUCCUGUGGGUCCCUGGCCCCUAAGAUGGGUAGGGGCAAGCGGGAGGGCGGCUGCAUGGACCACAAGUUUCGAAAGGAGCCUGAACCCUGGGAAUUAGCCGAUGGAUGCAUUCAACUGGUGUCCGACUUGUGCCAGCUACAGAAGUUUGCAGCCAAGGUUGCUGAGUUACUGCCCCUGGUUGCCAAGGCAGCAUCCUAUGACCACUACACUCACCAUGCUAACAUGAAGGAGACACUCUGUCACAGGAUACCACAUAUGGCGACAGGACUGGGGAAGAGAUAUUUCAAGGCAUAUCUGGAGAUCUUCUUUGAUGCCAUAUUUGCCAGCCUGGACAGUGAGAAUAGUCUCACAUCUGCAGCCGCCUCCAACUGCCUUGCAGAGCUUGCCAACUUCCUGGGGCCGUCUAUUCUAAGAGGCAGAAUAGAACAAUAUAACCCAAGGUACCUUGAGAGGCUCCAGUCUGACUUGGGCUCCCCCGCUGUCACUACGGGCCCGGGAAGGUUCCAAGCUUCCCACCUUCCACCUCUCAAUAUGCCGGGGGGCUCCUUUGGUCCGGUUCCCUUUUCCGGGCAGAGUCCAACAGCAUUUGAUGGGCCCGGUCCGGCAUUCUCUUUCCCCGGACAUACUUGAAGUUGAGAGUGUUGAAAGGCUGCAGUAAUGUUUCCAAAGAUUCAACCACAAUUGAGCGUCAUUUGGGGAAAACUGGGCUUAAUUCAUGACCUAAAGAAUGCUUGUGGAGAUCAAAGAUCUGUCAAAAACUGAUUCAGUAGCAAGUUUCAUUGUUAAUUAUGUUGUUCAACAUUGUGUUUUGUUUAAACUUGGAUCUACCAUUAUUUAGGAGGGCUUUAAAGAAUCAGUUUGUUUGACUGUCAUGCAGCUUGCAUGCUCUUUCUUGCAUGCCAUGCACAAUAACCACUUGACUUCUUUUAAGGUGAAGGUAAUACAUUGAGUUAAAGGCCGGUAGAUAAAACUUGCUUGUCAAUGGGACUUGUCUGUAAUCAUGGGUCAUCUUGUGCCUCCUGUUAAGGUCAAGGUUAACAUUGUACUUUGAGGUCAAGAGUUAAAACAUAGCACUAAUUGUUUAAGCUUAACAUCUGUGUGAAUAUGGUAUGUUGGGGGUAUAGCACUAAUUGUUUAAGCUUAACAUCUGUGUGAAUAUGGUAUGUUGGGGGUAUUAAACACUUUCAAUAAAGCUUAAUUUGUACUUGUUAUGCAUUAAGAAAAUGGUAGGUAAUUUGAUAUAAUUUUAAAUAAACAUAAACAUUAUAUCUUUUAUAAACCACUCUUUGUUGAUCCAGCGCAAAUAAGCCAGGGUAUUAAUUAUAAUACUCUUGAUUGUUAUUGUAAUAACAAGUUAUGCGUGUAAAACAAGUUUUGCAUACCGAAUGUGAUGUAAUUACAGGUAGUCUUAAAGCAAUUUGAAGGUUGUUAACAUACUAGGUAUUACUAUAAAGCACCUUGCAAUGCACAGGAAAUUAUAUUUUUAGAAUUUUAGGAAUAAUGUAUGGUUUUGUGUUGAUCAAGAAUGGUAAAGUAUAAAUCAGUUGUGUACACACUGCAUUGGUAUGGCAAUGCUUACAUAGAUCAAUUUGAAUGCCAAGUUAUUACAACAGUAUUCCUGCUUCUCAAUUGCCGGUGGAAAUUCAUUUCUUUGUAUCAACACUAAUUCCUGCGAUGCUGUGUUAAUUUUGUUUUGAGGCUUUUCCCGCAACAGUGCAGAAUGUUGAUAAUGAUUUUGAUGAUUCUGUAACAUGCACUGCAACAAUAUUUCACGCAAAUUGAUUGUUUUCCAAUCUAAUUGUAAUUCGAAUCUUUUUAUGCCCCCGGUAGGGUGGCAUAUAGCAGUUGAACAGUCCGUCUGUCAGUCUGUGCGUCCGUCCGAAAACUUUAACAUUGGCCAUAACUUUUGCAAUAUUGAAGAUAGCAACUUGAUAUUUGGCAUGCAUGUGUAUCUCAUGGAGCUGCACAUUUUGAGUGGUGAAAGGUCAAGGUCAUCCUUCAAGGUCAAAGGUCAAAUAUAUGGCUUCAAAGCGGCGCAGCAGGGAGCAUUGCGUUUUACAAACACAGCUCUUGUUGUUAAGGAAAGUCAGUAAUUUGGUAAGUUUUAAGUAUUAAUUGUCCCUUACCGGUGAAACCGGAGGGGAUGUAUGGUUUGCGCUCUGUGCGUCAUACUGUGAGUCUGUCUGUCAGUCCGUCACACUUUUCUGGAUCCUGCGAUAACUUAAAAAGUUCUUAAUAUUUUUCAUGAAACUUGAAACACGGACAGAUGGCAAUAUGGAGAUUAUGCACGUCAUUUCACUUUGUUCUUACGUCAAGAAUUCUGGUUGCUAUGGCAACAAAUAGACUAGAAAUAAUGCUGAAAAUGGUGGAUCCUGCGAUAACUUAAAAAGUUCUUGACAUUUUUUCAUGAAACUUGAAACAUGGAUAGAUGGCAAUAUGGAGAUUAUGCACGUCAUUUCAUUUUGUUCCUACGUCAAGAUUUCUGGUUGCUAUGGCAACAAAUAGACUAGAAAUAUUGCUGAAAAUGUUGGAGUGUCACCAGUAGGGGACUAAUAUUGCAUGGCAAUAGUCUUGUUUACUGAAAUUUGACAUGCAGUUUUAUAUUAAAGUUAUGUCGUAUUUUUAUUAAUUAGUGAAAUAAAAAUCUCGAAAACACAAA